AUGGAAGCUCAUGUUUCCGUCCCGAAACCGCGUGCGGCGACACGCGGAGUUGUCACGCCGCCACUUGGGACUACGGCUGUGAUGGGAUCGGAUCGCCGCAGUGGCUGGUUAUCACCGCGAAUCGAUUCUAAAAACAAAUAUGGGUAUAAUUUCGACGAAUGGGCACUAUUUCGCCCAACCGCCAUGACCCGUUCCCCCGCUGUUCGGGAGCAUACAGCGAGAGAAGUUAGAACAUAUCUUGGAUGCCUAACGGUUUGCGAUCCUGCGAUGGGAUCCUGUUUGGGACGAGGCGCGGCGGAGGAGUCGUUAGAAGACGUGUAG